CAGCACAAAAUACAGAUUCACGUAGUAUUGCGAUCCUUGACACAAUCGCCUCUCACAUUCUCAGUUUUGACCGUAUCAGUCGUAUUUUUUCUCUGAAAUGAAAGGGAUCUUUUCUUUUUUUGUGCUGUGUACAGUGUUCCCAAGUCAAAGCAAAGUCUUCACCAGAUGUGAACUUGUCAAGGAACUGCAGAAGCAAGGUUUCCCUGAGAACCAGUUGAAAGAUUGGGUAUGUCUAGUGGAGGCAGAGAGCUCACGCCGGACGGACGCGGUGGGCGGACCUGAUGACGACGGGUCCUACGACUACGGCCUGUUCCAGAUCAACGACCGCUACUGGUGCAACUCCGGGGAUAAACCGGGGAAGGAAUGCCAUGUGCGGUGUGCAGAUCUACUCAGCGAUGAUAUUUCAGCGGCAUCAAAUUGUACCAAGAAGAUAUACAACAUACAGGGUUUCAGUGCUUGGGUGGGGUGGGUAAAUGAGUGUAACAAGAAAAAGUUGCAAGAUCUGAGUGAUUGUAUUUUAUAACAAACAACAAUUAUUGUUUUUUUAUACAAUAAAAUAUCAAUGUUUCUAAUGCAGAGUCAACUAUUAUCUAUG